AUGUCGCAAAUGUCCCAAGGCAACACAUUCCAGCCCCCCCGCGUCCCGCAAUCGCAACCCACGCCGGGCCUGGAAAAGAAAAUGCAGCCCCCAAGCGAAGCCACCAAGCUCGAGACGCCGAGCGGGAUAAACGAGUAUCGCGGGUCGGGCAAGUUGCAGGGGAAGAAGGCGCUUAUUACGGGCGGGGAUUCUGGAAUCGGCCGCGCCGUCGCAGCGCUCUUCGCGAGGGAAGGCGCAGACGUCACAAUCGUCUACCUCCCCGUCGAAGAAGAAGACGCACAGGGUACGAAGAAACUCGUUGAGGGCGCGGGGCAGAAAUGUCUACUUGUCCCGGGCGAUCUGCGGGAUCGGAAUUUCUGCAAGAAGGCUGUGGACAAACAUAUUGAGCAAUACAAAACAUUAAACAUCCUCGUAAACAACGCCUCGACGCAAGCCAUGUGCGAUGACCUUGCCCAAAUCGACCUCGACCAGGUGGAGAAUACCUUCCAGACAAAUAUCAUCCAGAUGAUUGCGAUUACCAAGUUUGCGCUGCCGCAUAUGAAUAAGGGGGAUUCAAUAAUCAACAACUCGUCCGUAACGACAUUCCGGGGGUCAAAGAGCAUGGUCGACUACGCCUCGACAAAAGGCGCGAUCGUCGGCUUCACGCGGUCGCUGGCUGUGCAGCUGAUUCCCAAGGGGAUUAGGGUUAAUGCUGUUGCUCCCGGCUCGGUAUACACCCCCAUCCAAGUAGACACACGCGACGCCGAGUCGAUGGAAGGAUGGGGAUCGAACAAGCCGCUUGGGCGACCCGGACAGCCGAGUGAGGUCGCGACGAGUUUUGUGUUUUUGGCGAGUGCGGAUGCGACGCUGUAUUAUGGGCAGAUCUUGCAACCUCACCCACUGGGUGACUAG